AUGUCUUCAAAAACUUUACUCAUCUUCGGGGACCAGACCGGGGAGGUCCUGCCGUCCAUCGAGGAGCUGAGUCGACUUACUCCUAGCUGCCAGAGCCUCAAUGCCUUCUUUCGGAAGUCUACGGAUCGUCUCCGGACUGCCAUUGCCCAGACACCAGCACAAUACAAGCGCCAAUUCCCUUCGUUUAAUUCGCCGUUAGAGCUAGCGACUGCUGUCGCCAACCAGACUGCCCAGAGCCUAGCCCUGACAGCAGCGCUUCUCAGCAUUGCUCAGUUUGGCCAUGUAAUCCUUUAUCUGGAGUCUAGCCCACGAGCACUCGAGAGCUCCAAAAACCCUACAAUUCUGGGGAUAUGCACCGGUACACUCACAGCUGUGGCCGUCGCAUGUUGUCAAAACUUGACCGAGGUUCUCUCGUUGGCCGAUGAGGUUGUCCAGCUGGCAUUUCAAGUUGGCCUCGAGGCUGCCCGGAGAUCCCAAGUCAUCGACCGCUCGACAGAUAGCUGGGCAACCUUGGCAAUCAACAUCAAGGUGGAUGACGUCCGACAAGCAGUCCAAGCCUUCAAUGUCGGGUCGGUCCUUGAGCCAAGCCAAAAUGCAUACAUCAGCGCCGAGAGUCCCUCGUCGGUAACCAUCAGCGGCCCACCGCCCACCACGUCCCGCCUGUUUGGCCAGGAACUGUUUCGAAAAUGCAAGAGGAUUCCUCUUCCGAUCCCGGCGGCCUUUCAUGCCAGCCACCUGGAGCCCAUCUCAAGGAAAAGGCUCAUAGAUGGACUGAGCCCAUCGCUUCUCGAAAGCGUCGUGCAGCAUCGAUCGAUGAUAUCCCCUUCGUCUGGUCGCUUCUACUCUGGCCAGACGUUUGCCGACAUGCUCGAAGAGGUUGCUCACGACAUAUUCCAGGCUCCAAUCUCAUUUGAAGCAUAUGUGUGCGGAUUGUCGCAAGCACUUGGCCCACAAGCGACGUUGCUUAGAUUUGGGCCAGUGAACUCGGCCAAAGCCAUCCAACAGGCUUUGAAACCGUUGGGAGUGGAUGUCGACAUGGCCGACCUGCAACACCAGGAUGAAAAAAUUACCCCUGGAAACACCGGUGCGAUUGCCAUUGUUGGAAUGUCCGCCCGUCUGCCCGGAAGCGAGACGUUGGAAGAGUUCUGGAAGGUGUUGGAAGAGGGGCGUGAUCUCCACGAAAAGAUCCGCCCAGAUCGCUUCGACGUCAAGACCCAUUGCGAUCCUUCUGGAAAGACCAAAAACACGAGCCUGACGCCAUAUGGGGUGUUUAUUGACAGGCCCGGUUACUUCGACACGCGUCUUUUUAACAUGUCGCCGCGGGAGGCGUCACAGACCGACCCCCAGCAGCGACUGAUGCUCCUCACAACGUACGAGGCUCUUGAGAUGGCCGGCUACACGCCCAACGGCACACCCUCAACAAACACGAGGCGGAUAGGGUCGUUUGUCGGUCAGACUAGCGAUGACUGGCGAGAGGUGAAUGCGAGCCAAAAUGUUGAUACGUAUUUCAUCACGGGCGGAAUUCGAGCCUUUGGUCCCGGCAGGCUGAAUUAUCACUUUGGAUGGGAGGGUCCGAGUUAUUCAAUCGAUACCGCCUGCUCGUCGAGCGCCGCCUCGAUUCAGCUGGCAUGUUCCGCUCUGCUGGCUCGAGAGUGCGAUAUGGCCGUUGGCGGGGGCGCCAAUUUCCUAACCGCGUCCGAUCUCUUUGCCGGAUUGAGCCGCGGCAGCUUCCUCUCCAAGACUGGGGGCUGUAAAACAUUUGAUCACGACGCCGACGGCUAUGUCCGUGCCGACGCCGUCGGAGUCGUCGUGCUGAAGCGGCUGGACGACGCGCUUAGGGACAGGGACAACAUCCUCGCCGUUCUUCGAGGGGCGGUAACCAACCAUUCGGCCGAGGCCGUUUCCAUCACUCACCCACAUGCAGAGACACAGGAGCGCCUUUUUCACUCGGCACUGUACCAGGCGGGUAUCCGACCUCACGACAUCGAUUAUGCCGAACUGCACGGAACAGGGACACAGGCAGGCGACGCAACCGAGUCUAGAUCCGUGACUAACGUCCUCGCCCGCGGCCGCGCCCCAUCAAAUCCCCUCUACAUCGGCACAGUGAAGCCAAACCUCGGCCACGGUGAGGCGGCUAGCGGUGUGACAUCGCUCAUAAAAGCAAUUAUGAUGCUGAGGAAGAACACGAUUCCGCCCCAUAUUGGCAUCAAGGGUCGCAUCAACCAAAAGCUGCCGCCUCUUGCUGAGCUCAACACGCACAUCUCCUUCGGAAACACGCCUUUUCUGCCGCGCGCCGAGGGAGACGGGAAGCGCAGGAUUCUCAUCAACAACUUUGACGCAGCGGGAGGAAACACAAGCAUGAUCAUCGAGGACCCCCCAGCCACCAGCAUCAAAGGAGCCGAUCCCCGCUCCCACCAUGUUGUUGCCGUGUCGGGAAAGACCCCGAAUGCAAUUCUCAACAACACUCGCCGGUUGCUCGAGUAUGUGCGGUCACAUCCCGGCACCCGCCUUGAGGACAUCGCGUACACGACGACUGCGCGACGCAUGCACCACGUCUUCCGACGGGCCCACGUCGCCUCUACUUUAGACAGCUUGUCUCUCAGUCUGGAGAGAGCAGUGUCGGAAGAGGCGUGGACCAAAGUCUCAGCGACUAAGCCCCCGGCCGUGUUCAUUUUCACGGGCCAAGGCUCGCAGUACACUGGCAUGGCUUCUGGGCUGUACAAGACCAACCCGGUAUUCCGCGAUUCUCUUCAGGACAGCGCACGGAUCUGCAGCUCGCACGGCUUUGCAUCCUUCCUGCCGCUUAUCGCCGACGACGCCUUGGACAUGUCUCAGGCAACAGCAGUGCAGGUCCAGUUGGCCAUUGUGUCGGUCGAGCUGGCCGUCGCCGCGCUGUGGAAGGCCGUGGGGAUCGUGCCGACUGCUGUUCUUGGCCACAGUCUGGGAGAAUACCCAGCUCUGUGCACGGCAGGGGUGAUUUCGCUGAGCGAUUGUCUGUAUCUCGUCGGCAAGCGCGCAAGUCUCAUGAUGGAGAAGUGCACCCCCGGCACGCACUCAAUGCUCGCCGUGCAGCUGGGCUUGGAGGAGGCUGAAGGCCUCAGCGACGAACUAAGUGCCUCUUACGAGAUUGCUUGUGUCAAUGGCCCCGCAUCGACAGUGAUCAGCGGCCCAGUCGACCGGAUAAGAGUGCUCCAGGAGAAGGUGAGGUCAAGAGCUGUCAAGACCACGCUGCUAGAGGCGCAGUUCGCCUUUCACUCGGCGCAGAUGGACGAAGUGCUUGAAGAUUUUGCUGCAGUUGCCCGAAAAGUCCAUUUCUCAGCGCCUUCGAUCGCGGUAGCAUCAACAGUGCUUGGGACAGUCGUUGACAAACAGGGAGUGAUAGAUGCGAGGUAUCUGCAACGCCAGACCAGAGAGAGGGUGCAGUUUCUCAAGGCCGUGGAUAGUGUCAAAUCCUUGCUGGGGGAUGGCCGCAAAGUCAAACAGACGGUGUGGGUUGAGACUGGGCCCAACCCCACCUGCCUUGGCUUGGUCCGGUCGGUGUUGGGUGACUCUGACAACGAGUUGCUCCUUCCCUCGCUCAAGCGCAAAGAAGGCGACUGGAAAAUCCUAGCAAGCGCGCUAGCCAAGACCUUCACCGCCGGACUCGACAUAGACUGGAGAGAACUCCACCGCCCCUACGAGACUGCCCUCCAGCUUGUCGAGCUCCCCAACUACGCAUUUGACCUCAAGAAUUACUGGAUCCAGUAUGAAGGCGACUGGGCAGUUAGAAAGGGAGAUGCCCCGGCCACCGCAUCGACGCCAGCAAGCCCAAACACGCUGCCUCCUUCCUUUUCCACGACAAGCCUCCAUCGAAUCGAAUUCGAGAACAGCGACACUGCAGGAAUCACCGUCACAUUUGCCACCGAUGCCAACGAGCCCAAGCUUAACAAGGCCCUCCGCGGCCAUCUGGUCAACGGCGCUGGCCUCUGUCCGAGCUCUGUCUACGCUGACAUGGCCUUCACUGCCGCGAGAUACAUCCAGAGCCUCGGCGAUGCGGCAUUUGAUACGUCGAUGGACGUCCGAAACAUGGAUGUCUUCAAGCCUUUGCUCAUCAAUCCCGGCGAGACAAAGCAGAUUAUCCGCGUCAAGGCGUCAAAAAAGUCGUCUUCCGACCAGGUUGAAGUCAAAUUCAGCUCCCAGGACGGCGAAAUCUACGAAGACCAUGCCAACUGUACUGUAGUCUUUGGCAACGGCAGCAACUGGAAAGACGAGUGGGCAAAGACGGCGUACCUCGUCAAGGCAAGGAUCGACCACCUCAUCCAAUCCGCGGCCCUGGGGAAGACACACCGGCUGCUACGGCCCAUGGUCUACAAGCUGUUCGCGGGUCUGGUAGACUACGAUACGAAGUAUCAGGGCAUGCGCGAGGUCUACAUGGACAGCAACCUCUUUGAGGCUUCUGCCAAUGUCAAGUUCAACACGACUGACGCGGACGGCUGUUUUACCUACAGCCCUUACUGGAUUGACAGCCUGGCUCAUCUCUCUGGGUUCGUGCUGAACGGUGCUGACACCACCCCGCCAGACUCGGUAUACAUCUCGCAUGGCUGGGGAAGCAUGAAGAUAGUUGGGCAGCUCUCAAACGAUAAGGAGUACCAGAGCUAUGUGCGCAUGCAGGAAACAAAGACGCGUGGAGUCAUGGCUGGAGACGUCUACUUUUUCGAUGAUGGCGUGGUCGUUGCUGUCUGCCAGGACCUCAAGUUCAAGCGGAUCAAGCGGACUAUUCUCAACAGCCUCAUGCCUUCCACCCUUUUUGGGCAAGAUAUUCGAGUUUCCGCUCAGAGUUUGCCUGUGACAGGACCAGCUGCGCCGAGCCGGAAUCUCAUAAUACCACAAACCCGAGAAGAUCCAGUCCAGGCGGUCUCGUCUCUGGAUUUCAGCAUAGUUCUCAAUCUCAUUGCCACGGAAGUGGGGGUAGAGAUAUAUGAGCUCAGCGACGAUGCCACGUUUGCAGAUUUGGGGGUCGACAGUCUUCUCUCGAUCAGCAUCGCAGCAAGACUAGGUGCUCUGCUUGGCGAAAAUAUUCCUGCGACUCUCUUCACAGAGUGUCUGACCGUCGGGGAUCUUCGUACGCACUUCACGGGGCAUCGGGAUUCCAACGACGGCGCCUCAGUUUCGGACAGCAGCUCUGACAAUGGCGAAGACAUCUUCACUGCUCCGGCAACGACUGCAAGUACCCCCAUGUGCGCCACCACCGAGACCAUAGGGAUAGGGACACCGGCUGAAUACUCGAUCGAAGUAUUCCGAAAGAUUAUUGCCGACGAAGUCGGAGUCGACGCUAGCGAGGUCGACGACGGGACGCCUCUUGCGGAUCUCGGAGUUGACAGUUUGCUCUCUCUGGCUAUCUUGGGCUCCAUCAAGUCACAGACAGGCCAGGUGCUCCCGUCGAGCUUCUUGGUAGAUAACCCGACCAUCGCCGCCAUUCAGUCUGCCCUUGGCCGCCCUUCGACUACCCUGCCUGUGCAGAGGCUUGUGCGCGUCCUUGAAAAGGCACAGCAGAGGCUUGAUGCCCCCAGAGCAGAAGCAGUCUUGCUCCAGGGUUCGGUUUUGUCGCAGGACCCAUCGUUGUUUCUGCUGCCAGAUGGAUCGGGGAGUGCAAGUAGCUACGUCGGUUUCCCGCGCUUGCACCUCGCUGGGGCAGUUUACGGCCUGAAUAGUCCGUUCCUGGACAAAGCAAAGGAUUUUACUGUCUCCAUCCAGGAUGUGGCAGCCAUGUAUGUGGCUGAGAUCCGGCGAGUGCAGUCGCACGGGCCGUAUCACCUUGCCGGCUGGUCCAUCGGUGGCACAUAUGCAUUCGAAGUCGCGUCACGGCUGAUGCGGCAUCACGGAGAACGGGUCGACAGCCUCACGCUCAUUGAUGCGCCCUGCCCGAAAUCGCUCCCGCCAUUGCCCAUAGAGACUAUUGGGUUGCUGGAGAGGAUAGGCGCCUUUGACGGGUUGAAAGAUAGGCCUGCAGCCGGCGCCGGGGAGGGUAAAAUGAGAAAGGGCGUGCAAGACCAUUUCGCAGGGUCCGUCAACGCACUCAAACAGUAUCGACCGGUGCCAAUGCCUCGUUACAUGUCGAGCAGCAUCAAGACGAUUACGGCUGUGUGGGCUCGUCAUGGCGUGUGGGAGACGGUUGGAGAGGAGGUGCGUGCAAAGCAUGCCACGAGCGGAGGCGAUGCAAAUGCUGCGCAGGACUGGAUCAUGGAUCCCCGGGAGAGCUUCGGGACCAAUGCUUGGGAGAUGCUCUUGCCCGGUGGAGAUAUCAGAUGCGAAGUCAUCACGGGGGAUCAUUUUAGCAUUAUGCGCAAACCGGGAGUCACGGAGCUGGGACAUCGGCUGGCUGAGGCAGUGAACAGCUCACGGUAGGCUUACUGUUGGCUGGCGGUGGUGUGAUUUGGUGUUGGCGCUGGCAGUUUACUUGAUUGAUUUGUCCAGUUAUUUUGAAUUUCUGGUUUAAGGGGCUUGGUAAUUAAAGCUGAUGGCUUCGCGAGAAGCUGAGCGUUAUCAGAGAGCAGUUAGACUUGUUUCCUGAAAGACUUGGGUACAUGGAUAUUUUUUUUCAAUGGCAUGGUUUUAUCG